CUUUGUUCCUAAGACCACCAAAGCAGCCGUCAAAAUAGAUGAGCUUGCUAGGAUUGAGCAACUAGUUUUGCAGUUUUCACGAAUAUUGCUCCUAAUGGACAACCAAUCAGGAACCGACCGCUAUUCUAAUCCUGCCGCCGCCAGCAUUCUUCCAACCUCAUCAACCAGCCCUGGGACUUCGUCUUCAAGGAGAAGAUUGGGGCCGGCCGAAUGGCCCACGAUCGAUGGCCCGCUCGGCCUCUCCCACGAUGACUCGCUGGAGCAUGCCCGCAGAUUUUUCAAAUUGGGAUUUUUGUGCCUGCCUUUCCUCUGGGCCGUAAAUUGCUUCUAUUUCUGGCCUGUCCUUCGCCAUCCGAAUGCUCAUGAUUCACACCCCGACCUCCGCCGCUAUCUUGUUGGGUCUGCAAUUGGUUUCCUCCUGUUCGCAGCUAUUCUGUCUUCAUGGGCUCUUACCUUUGCCAUUGGAGGGGAGCAUCUAUUUGGCGAUGUUUGGAAGGAGUUGGUAAUGUACAAUGUAGCAGAGAAAUAUGGCUUGACAGGAUGGAUCUAGAUCUAUCCUGUACUUUUAUCUGUUCGUUAUCUACAUGAAAAGAGUAUGUAUUUCGUUUUAUGGAAAGGACCUGGAUGUUAAGUAAGUGCAUUUUAAUUUUUUUUUUUUUUUUUUUUGAUUUUUCAUUGGAAUUCUGGUGUUAUGAAGUGCUUUUUCUUUGA